CCCACCUAGCAUGCAUAAAUGACUGUAAGAAUUACUGAAAUAGAUAUUACAUAUUAAAAAUAUAAAAUCUAACAUACAGGCCUGGAAUGUCCGUGUUCAUCAGUUGUAGAUCCUACACUGGGGGGUUCAAUGAUGACAUCAUAAAUUAUACCUAAACAAAGGACAUAAAAUGUGUGUAUAUGGGCAAAGUUUUAUUGUGUAAAUAUAGGUAUAUACUCAAGCACCAAUUUUCAAUAUACCUCCAGUAACAAGAAAAUAUGAUAGUAAAACUAAUGAAUAGGUGACCAUAGCAGAGGGCUGUUGAAACCAUGAUGGUCGUUUUAUUCGUAAGUUGGGAACUUCCAAAAGAAGGAAUGGAAAUGUGAAUAAGUAUUCCAUUUCUAUGCAAAGCCGACGAUCCUACUACAAGUUGGCAGUUUCAUUAUCAACAACACAUACCGCAUGUAACCUCAUUAUCAGCUGAUUAAUAAAUUUGGUACCAAACAAAUCCACUCUGCUGAUUGAACUAAAAUUGAAUGUUCCGUUUUAUUCUAUCCACAAUAUUUUAUCAAGGUUAAAAACUCAUUUUGUUUUAUUAUUUCUUAAUUUCUUUAACAAUUUUUUUAUGUAUUAACUUUUUCAAUCAUGUAGCUUUUGCAUUCGUCUGUAUUGUCUGGUCGUUGGUAUUAAAGUGAAAUGCCAUAACUUACCAAAAAUAAGUAAAUUCUACAGAUUUUGCUUCGAUAUUAAAGGAAUACCAUUUAAGCUCGGAGUAGCAUUAAAGCUAAUAGACGUUAGUAGAUAAAUCAUAUUAAUUAAAAAUCAGUAUAGUAUUAGCAUUUUCUUAUCCUCAUUUGUACCUAUUUUAAUGAAUGUGUGAUAUUUUUAAAUUUUUUGUUUAAUGUGUAGUCGUUUAACUAAAAUCUAGCUGGUUUUAUCAUUUUGAAAGGUCACGACAAAUUUUCUCUUGUCUUAGUACAGAGGAAGUUUUUGUAGUUAGGAUUAGAAGGUUAUGAAACCUCUUUGUUUUUUAUGUUUUCCUUGGUGUAAUUUUGAUCUAUUAAAGUUUCAAAGUGUAAAUAAUAUAUUGAAUGUUAUUGACUUCCAGUGUUUCAAUAAAAAUGCCAUUAUUCGGGAAAUCACAGAAGAGCCCUGCUGAAGUAGUAAAGGCCCUUAAAGAAGCAGUGAAUGCCCUUGAAAGAGGAGAUAAGAAAGUUGAAAAGGCUCAGGAAGAUGUCAGUAAAAAUUUACUCUUGAUAAAGAACAUGCUUUACGGAACUUCUGAUACAGAACCACAAACAGACAUUAUUGUUGCCCAACUCGCCCAGGAACUUUAUAACAGCAAUCUUCUUCUAAUGCUGAUACAAAAUCUAAAUAGGAUAGAAUUUGAGGGAAAGAAAGAUGUGGCGCAGGUUUUCAACAAUAUCCUCCGAAGGCAGAUUGGCACCCGCUCGCCUACAGUCGAGUAUAUCUGCACUAAACCUGAAAUACUCUUCACGCUCAUGAAUGGUUAUGAACAUCAGGAUAUUGCUCUGAAUUGCGGAACUAUGCUGCGGGAGUGUGCUAGAUAUGAAGCUCUUGCUAAGAUUAUGCUCCACUCGGAGGAUUUUUUCAACUUUUUCAGAUAUGUUGAAGUGUCAACAUUUGAUAUUGCAUCGGAUGCUUUUUCUACAUUUAAGGAGUUGCUUACACGACAUAAAAUGUUGUGUGCUGAUUUUCUUGAAUUGAAUUAUGACAAAGUGUUCUCUCACUAUCAACGUUUAUUGAAUUCAGAAAACUAUGUUACCAGGCGACAGUCACUGAAACUUCUUGGCGAACUUCUUUUAGACAGGCAUAAUUUUACUGUUAUGACUAGAUACAUAUCCAAUCCAGAUAAUCUCAAACUCAUGAUGAAUAUGCUAAAAGAAAAGUCUAGGAAUAUACAAUUUGAAGCUUUUCAUGUUUUUAAGGUGUUUGUAGCAAAUCCGAAUAAACCCAAACCUAUUUUGGACAUCCUCCUGCGCAACCAGGAUAAAUUGGUAGAAUUUUUAACAAAGUUUCAUACAGACCGAUCUGAAGAUGAACAAUUCAAUGAUGAGAAAGCUUACCUCAUCAAACAGAUAAGGGAACUCAAAGCACUACCUGACCAUUAGCCCCAUUAGGCUAAACUCGAAGUAUGGCCGUCAUACACCAGGAUGUGUACAGUAUUGUGUAUAGCCAUUUUUUAAAAAAAAGAAAAUCCUGUAAGUGUUAUGAUGUAAGGAGUGAGCUAAUAAAUAGAUUUUAUGUUAUUGAAAGGGAUCAGAUUAUAUUCUUCCUGACCCAAUUUAGCAAAGAAUUAAUAGCCUAUUUUUAAAAUUGUUUUUAUUAGUCUGUUACUAUUCUGUUUAAAAUUAUUCUCAUAUUUAAAAAAAAAAAAUAUAUAUAUAUAUAAUAAAUACCCUUCUUAAAGGUAUUUCAAUGUUUGUCAUUUUUUUUUUAAUUUAUUUUAAAAUCGUAGUAUCUAUAUUAAAAUAGUGAUUAUUUACAAUUUAACAUUCCUUUUUAAAAGUAAGAGUUAAAUUUUAAAUCGUAAACUACCAAAGUAGACUAUUUUUCUUUCAUCAGUUAAAGGCAUUAAUUUAGAGUAAGUUAUAUAUUUAAAAGAUAUUACAUAAUAGGUUAUUGUUAAUAUUGCUUUGAAAUUCAAAUUGGGUUAUAAUACUGAUAAAUAUAUUAAGAAUGACUGAAAAUGUUGUUUGAUCUAACUAGAGUAAUUGGUUAGUUAACGUAUAUAUAUAACUUUUUUUUUAGCUUUGUUCUAUAACAAUUUAUACCUUAAAGGUAAAUAAAUUAUUAUUUUUAUGUAUUUGUUAGCUUUAUAGUAUAAUGUGGUGUUGUUUUACAUCUACUGUCUUAUUAUUUUUUUUUUUUUUACAAUAUUUAUGGUUUUCAAUUUUUUUAUUCACAUUAUGGUUCUGUUAUGUUACCUCCAAAAUUUUUCAUCACAUCCUACAGAUUAAUGUAAUUUGAAUGUUCAAUAUGUUUCUUUUGGUGUUACCAAUUUCAGUUUAUUUUCAAAUAUUUUAAGCUAAUAUUAAGAAAUAUAAAUAUAAUUUUUCAGACGUAAUUUGUUUCAUUUAUGUACAAAUAUUUAUGAGAAGAAAAACAAAUUUGAACACAUAAUUUUUUGUAAUAAUUUAUAGUUUAUUUUUUCUGUCUUAAAUGUGUUCUCUGACGUCUGUUUGACAUAACAUGUUAAAUCAAAAUAAACAAUAAUUACAAUCAAAAGUAUAAAUUGUAAAAUUUCACAGGAAAAAAAUAUUGAAAACAAAAUUUAAUACUUUUUUCACUUCUAAAUUAUAAAUUAAUGUUUCAUUAUUUACAACAAACCUUUGCAUUGAAUUAUUUAGUUUCUAAUUAUGAAUCUGGAAUACUUUUGUUUGUUACCAUAUAUUACAAACGCUGUAAAUUGUCAAUGGUGUUCAGAUCAAUGGAUUGAGGAAAAGGAGAACUAGUGGUUUUUAAAAAGACAUAGAGAAAUCAUUUUUACCGCGACCAGUUAUUAAAAACUGUUUCCACUACUCCGCUUUCCUCUCUAUUGCUGUUCUCCCCCCCCCCCACUUUUCUUCAGCUCAGCCAUCAGUAACUGGUUAAGGUAUACUUGUAGUAUUAUAAACUAAAAUAAAAUAACCUUGUCCUUAUUCUGAGACAAGUUGACCCCUGAGAACAAUUCAGUUGAAUAGUUUAAUAAAAAUCUUUCCAAAAAGCACUAAAGUCUUAUUACUAAUUAUCUUAAGCAAUUAACCCUGAUCCAUGGUUGGAAGAGAGCCAUAGUUAUAAUAGUUGUAAAUAAAAAACUGCAAUAAUUUGUCCAUCAGCUGAUUUUAAAACCUUUUGCAAUAAUUUGUCCAUCAGCUGAUUUUAAAGCGCUUUUGCAAUAAUUCGUCCAUCAGCUGAUUUUAAAUCUUUUCAUUGUGACAUGUAACAUUAUCAAUAAGGAGCACAGAGCCUUCAUUGGCAAUUUUAUGAAAAAUAUUUUUUCAGUUAUGCCUCCAAGGAUAAUUGUAAGUUGACUAUAACUACUCAUUUACUAGCAAGAUGUUUUUGAAAUAUUGUAAACUUUGUUUUAAAGUUAAUGAAAGAAAAUGAUGCGUUCAAAUAAUUAUGAAGGCUUAAUGAAAUAAAAUAAUAAUGUAAAUUGGUAUAUUAAAAGUAGAAUGAAUUGUAAUUAAUUAGAUGUAUGUAUAUAUUCUGUUGCUUAUUAUAAUAUAUAUAUAUAUCACACUUUGAAAAUUUAGUUAGUUCUGUUAUGUAUGCCUGAUUUUUUUCUUGUAAAUAAAGAUCAAGAAAGAAAAAUGCACAGUACCUUAAAACCUGUGAAAUUUUGUAAAUAUUGUAUUUUUAAUCAAUAAAUAUUUGUUGUUUGGUUUA